ACUUCUUCCGAUGCUUCUGCUCCGAUAACCUUAUGAAGCCUUCUUCUGAGCGCCCACCGGCAGUCCUUGGCCCGCAGCACCUGCACCCCAUUCCAAGUUUACAGUUGCGUCGAGCGGAAGCUACAAUCACGGCCUACAAAAUAUUGCCAGAUGAUAAAAGGAUAUUUAAAGAAUUUAGAAUUUACCUUUCCAACUGGGGAUUAUCUAUUAAAUAUUCAGUGGUACCUCGACAAUUUGAUACGAACGUUUGUUUCACACUCGUAGAUGAUCUCAUGAAGUGUCAACGUACCAAGACUGGAUUGUGCCGAAGAUAGGAUAUCUCUAUAAUUAUAGUUCAUUAGAGUUUAAUAAGUGUUUAAAGUAAUUAAAGCAAUUUAACUCUACCAUGCAUAAAUGAACACAGCAUAAAAUAACACGUUCGUGCCAUUCAAAUGUUAUUGUGCCCUCAAGAGCAGGAACAAUGCGUUGCCAGCUGAUGAUCUGUGCGCUUCUCGGAUUAUUCCUAACAUUCCCCAUUAAAAUUAACGUAAAUAUAUGGAUAAUACUAGUCAAGUGGACAAUAGUGAACCAAGUUUUCAGGAUGCCGUCGUCUUCAAGUUUACAAACUUCGUCUGCGAGAGUUACAACCAAUCCUGGUUCGUGUUCCACAACUAUCGUCUGAAGGCCGUCAGUCGAAACAAAGUGCUCCUCAAUAUGAAUGCUACGAUACUACAUCCGGCCAACAAUAUUUCAGUUCAUGGCAGAAUUUUCAAAAAGGCAAACGGCUACAAGCCCUGGCUUUUCGAUAUUUACUUUGAUGUCUGUCAGUACUUGAGAAAACGGAAUCAACCUUUUAUUAAUAUAGUGUAUGGGCUCUUCAAAGAUUUUAGUAACUUAAACCACUCAUGCCCCUACGUGGGUCCACAGAUUAUCAAGGACUUUUAUCUAAGACCUGAGCUACUGCGUCUUCCCUUUCCAACAGGGGAUUAUUUAGUGGCGAUUCAGUGGUACUUCGAUAAGAAACCACUGGCUGAUACGAACGUUAGUUUUACAUUCGUGGAGGAUUUAAUGAAUAGUAAUUAGUGGGAAUGACCUGAAUAUAGAUUCAGUGGAUUCCUGAAAACAACAGUAGCAAAUGUAUUGUACCGAUCAAUCAAAUAUAUGUAUGGGCUAAUC